AUGAUGGAGCUGAUUUCCUUUGAUCGGUCCCCAUUCAGCCAGAGGGCCAAGUGGGCGCUGGAUGUCAUCGCUGCCCGCGGCGGCCCACCCUACACCACCAGUGCCUACCCUUUCAGCCCCUUCCCCGCAGCCCUGCUCCCCCUGCGCCUGCGCAUCGGGAAGCUGCGCGGCCGCGUGACCGCCCCCAUCCUGCUCACCAGCCCCGGGGCGCCCGACAACGAGGUUAUCAUGGACAGCACCGCCAUCGCGCGGUGGGCGGACGCACGCGGCGGCGGCGCGACGGGCAAGGGCGGCUCGCUGUUCCCUCCAGAGCACGAGCAGGAGCUGGAGAGGUGGGUCACCGCCGCAAACAACCUCGUGUCUCUCUUCCGACGCGAGCUCACCGCCGCUGGCAUAGGGGACGCCUCCGUCCGCGACGCACUGCUGCCGCCCAACAUCGGGCAGGGCGUCACACGCGACGUGAUGCGGCGGCUGCACGCAGGCGUGUUGACACGGCUGCAGCAAAAGUUCAGAGAAGACGACGCAGGGGCCUCCGAGGAAAAGGUGCGCGCCCACCUCACCGCCGCCCGCGAGCGGCUGGCCGGUGCCGGCAGCGGGCGCCUGCUGCUUGGGGCCGCCGGCGGCCUGACAUAUGCGGACAUUGCCCUGGCAGUCUCAAUAGGCAGGGUGGCCCAGGUGCGGGAGCUGCCCCUCACCUACAAGGUGCCGCCCGGCAGCGGCCUGACUGUGGCGUCGCGGAUGCCGGCGGUUGGGCGGCUGCUGGGGGAGUUCCCUGAUUUGGUGGAGUGGGCGGCGGAGACCAAAAAGAGCCACUGGCCGCGACUGGCCGCGGCGUAA